AUGGCGUCUCGCAAUGAGCGAAGCUCGUUGAAGCGUCGUCGAGAAAGCGAAGAGCAGCCGGGCAUCACAAAGUCACAGAAGCCGCGACGUUCAGAACGAUUGGCCUCUCAGACCGAGACAACAACGACAACCGUCACGAAGACCCCAGUCAAACAUACAUACCUCCCCACGCCUUUGACACACCAUGAUUCCACAGCUACGGAUAUACAAAAAGCCACGACCAUCACACCCGAAGGACGUCAUAUCGCAAGUCCAGAAGAAAGCCUGCCAGUCUUUUCGUCUCCGCCUGGUGACACCCAAGCGCUUUCUCAAUUUGUCUACCCACCGCGAGCUUUCGCAGACGAUGUAGAAGAUGAAGCUGCAGAAGGUGUCUGGGGUUAUUUGAUUCCUCUAGAUGACAAGGCUGGACAUGCUCUGGUGCUGAAGAAAAGGAAUAGCUGUGACAGCGGCUCGUGCGGCCAGACCGAUAGAGAAGCAACAAGUUCGCCCAGUCGGAGCUCGAAGAAGCAGUCAAAGACCUCUCAGAAGCAAGUCUCUGCCAAAUCGCCAGGCUACCCCCCAGGUGGCUAUCUGAUUGGGCGUCACCCUGAAUGCGAUCUUGUACUAGACAUUCCAACCAUAUCUAAUCGCCACUGCUUGAUCUUCAAUGAAACAAGAAACGGAGACGUCGUUGCUGUCAUUGAAGAUCUCUCCAGCAAUGGAACCUUUGUUAACGAAGCUAUUUUAGGUCGCAACAAAAACCGGGAGCUUGAGGAUGGCGACGAGGUCACAAUCAUUGACGAGGCUCGAUUCGUCUUCCGGUAUCCUCGAAUAAGGGACACCAGUGGUUUCCGCCAACAAUAUAGAAUCCUUCAGCAACUUGGAAAGGGCCAUUUUGCGACAGUUUACCUCUGCGUAGAACGUGCUACCGGUAAGAAAUUUGCCGUGAAAGUGUUUGAAAGGCGCCAGAGUGAGUCGCAGAGGUCACAAGCCGAAGCUCUUCAACAAGAAAUUGCUCUUUUGAUGAGUGUCAAUCACCCGAACGUUUUGUGUCUCAAAGAUACAUUUGACGAGCGCGACGGUGCCUACUUGGUUCUGGAACUUGCCCCCGAGGGCGAGCUCUUUAAUUACAUUGUGAGAAAGCAGAAGUUGUCCGAGAGCCAGACUCGUAAAGUGUUCCGCCAACUGUUCAAUGGUUUGAAGUAUCUGCAUGACCGGGGCAUUGUGCAUCGUGAUAUAAAGCCGGAAAACAUUCUUCUUGCAGACAAGAACCUCCACGUGAAGUUGGCAGACUUUGGUCUUGCCAAAAUCAUUGGAGAAGACUCUUUUACGACUACAUUAUGUGGAACGCCGAGUUACGUCGCACCCGAGAUUUUGGAAGAGUCCCGGCACCGGCGUUACACCAAGGCUGUUGAUGUUUGGUCCCUAGGCGUGGUGCUUUACAUAUGCCUUUGUGGAUUCCCACCCUUUUCCGAUGAGCUAUGUACUCCAGAAAGCCCGUACAAUCUGGCGCAGCAGAUCAGAAUGGGCCGAUUUGACUACCCCUCCCCUUAUUGGGAUUCCGUCCCGGACAUAGCGUUGGAUCUAAUUGAUCGAAUGCUCACUGUGAAUGUUGAGAAGCGAAUUACAGUCGACGAAUGUCUCGAGCACCCUUGGCUGACCGGCAAGUUCCCAAGCGUUGCUGACAGCACAGACGGUCUGACUGGAGCCAUGGACCAACUCGAUUUCUCCAGGCGAAAAGUUGAGCGCGAACGGACGCUGCUCAGUUCGAUCGUCGAUGUAGAGGUCCAUGAUGUCGUGCAAGACGACGACGAAGAAGUGAAAGUCUUUCGUAAAAACCCAGCCAACAAACAAUCUCAGAACCAUGUGCAUCAGGGGCAUGAGCCGAAACCGGGUGCGAACCGCCCGCUCGGUGAAUUCGCUAACAUGGGUGGUCGCGGAGACCAAGUCUUGUACGAAGAUGGGACAAAUACUCGCUCUCCUUCCAAUGGUCACCUCAAAAAUUAG